AUUGGCUCCUCAGGCACGCGCUGAGGUUGCCGUGGAGACCUGGCGCCUGGGCCCGGGGCUCAUGGCGCUCUACGUGCUCUUCUCGCACCCGGCCGAGCGUGGCUACCGCGCCGGCCUUUGCUCCAAGGCCGCGUUCUUCCUGCUGCUGGCCGCCACGCUCACCUACAUCCCCCCGCUGCUGGUGGCCUUCCGCAGCCACGGGUUUUGGCUGAAGCGCAGCAGCUACGAGGAGCAGCCGAGCGUGCGCUUCCAGCACCAGGUGCUGCUCGUGGCCCUGCUGGGGCCGGAGCCCGGAGCCUUCCUCGCCUGGAGCACGUUCCCCGCCUUCAACCGGCUGCUGGGGCAUCAUCUGCGCGUCCCGCUCGUUUCGACUAGAGAAGAAGACAGGAACCAGGAUGGGAAGAUGGACAUGUUGCAUUUUCGACUUGAACUUCCCCUGCAGUCCACAGAGCACAUUCUUGGCAUACAACUCAUCCUGACCUUCUCCUAUGAACUGCACAGGAUGUCAACAUUCGUGAUGCAGAGCAUGGCAUUUCUCCAGUCCUCCUUUGCCGUUCCCGGGUCACAGUUACAUGUGAAUGGUGACCUGAGGUUGCAACAGAAGCAGCCCCUGAGCUACAGUGGCCUAGAUGUCCGAUACAACGUGUCUGUGAUUAAUGGGACCAGUCCUUUUGCUCAUGACUAUGACCUCACUCGAAUUGUUGCUGCCUACCAGGAAAGAAAUGUUACCACAGUCCUGAGUGAUCCCAACCCUAUCUGGCUGGUGGGCAGGGCUGCCGAAGCACCAUUUGUCAUCAAUGCUGUCGUCCGCUAUCCUGUGGAAGUCAUUUCCUAUCAACCAGGCUUCUGGGAGAUGAUAAAGUUUGCCUGGAUACAGUACGUCAGCAUCCUGCUCAUCUUCCUAUGGGUAUUUGAAAGAAUCAAAAUAUUCGUGUUUCAGAAUCAGGUAGUGACCACCAUCCCUGUGUCUGUGCCCCGGGGAGAAGUGAGUAAGGAGCACUUAUCCUGACACCAUUCCUGGAGACUUCGGGGGACCGUGGCUACUUCAUUGUUGUCUUCUGAGACCUGCCAUCUUACAACAUUCCUGAAAAGAGCCCACCGGACAUUCACGGCUUGUGUGUCUUCCCCUCAGAGACAAAGAACACUUCUUUCCAACUUUGAGCUCCUCAAGUCCUGUAUCUUCUAAGCACCCAGGAAAUCUUCAGGCACUAGUUGUGGGAAGGUCACAGGGGUCCUAGAGGCUAUAAUUUGAUUGUUUUUGUUUUGGCUUUGGUCUUGAAUUUCAGGAGAAAAUUACAGUCAGUUCAGAAACCCUGGAAAGAGUCCCAUCUCUAGUCAAGCAAGGACUUUUCCUCUUUUGAACUAGGAAACACUGUGUACCCUUCCCCUAUUGUAAGCCACUCUUUAUCCUUCUGAGGGCUCCCAUGAGAAAUAUGCAAAUCCCUAGUACUUUCUACUCCUGGGUAUCUACAAUUCCCGUUCAGAGGUUUGAUUUCCAUAACUGAGGCCUUUAACUGGAGAACUGAGGGGGGUGGGGCCUAAGUACAAGUGUGUGAGGGUGGGUGACUUAAGGGCAGGAGGACCAGGCACCUGCCCUCAAUCUAACAGACGGGUCUGUCAUCAGCUCAGCUCAACAGCCCUCUGUCCCUACCUUACAGUGUUGGCGCCAUGCCCUGCCUCUUGCCCUCUCUCUGUGCCCUGGGGAUGGCAGGCUAAAGUCAGAAGUGCUGUUUCAUUCAGUCCCCUCAGCAGCAGUGGGGGUGCCGAGCUUCUAACAACAGGCUCUUUCUCUCUGGCCCUCACCCAACAGCCUGGACACUUGCCACUUCUCCUCCUUGACUGCCCUCCCCCUUUCUGAAAGGAUGUGGAUGACAGAAGGGUUGUUGUUGGUAUUGGCUCCCACUGCCUGACAACCACAGGGUUUAUUUGGAGGGCUAGCUGGAAACCCAGUUACUUGCAUUUCCCUUGACUAAGGAACAGGGUGCCCAGCAUAGGAGUGGCUCUGGGGAAGACACAAGGAGCAGAGAAUGAAGAAGUUGCUAAACAAAGCAUCCAAUCCAGCCUGGCCAUUACCAGAAUGACAGGCAGUCCAGCCAUAAAGCCCUGUAGGCUCAGCAAGUGUCUACAGAAGCCAUGGCCAGGCUGAGCCACUACUGUGCACAGAAAACUGUUUACUUGGCCUCCUUCUCAUCAGAGCAGUUGUGCAGUCUCAAAGGUCUGCCGUAUGACCCUCUCCAUGUCAUUAGCACUGGAAGGACAUAACUCUCCUUGUGGCCUAUGCUCAUGUCAACCCACAAACACUCCUCAGCGUGUGUCUGAUUUCCAGAGCAUGUUUCCAUCAGAUUGAGCAAAAUAAGAGCGGGCAGCAAAGCUAAUUUCAAGGAUUCAAUCACAAAAUUUCCCUAAUACCCAUUCCUGUGACUUAAUAUUUACAGUUGUUUACAUACCUUAGUGGUUUUUCUGGAGAUUUAAAUGAAAAAUUGUUUCUAGUUCAGAUUUCAAAACAGUUAUGAGAAGACUGGGAAUGUGGUUCAGUUGGUAGAGUGCUUACCUAGCACUCUGGACUUAGUCCCCAGCACUGCAUAAACCUGCGUGGUGGCACAUGCCUAUAAUCCCAGCUCUCAGGAGGUGGAGGCGGGAGGAUGCAAAAUUCAAGGCCGUCCUGGAGUCCAAGGCCAGCCUUGUGUUCCUGAGAUCCUGCUCGAAGUAAAAAAGGUAAUGAGAAGUGGAAAGAUGACCAAAGAUACUGCUUUGGAUUCUAUUAAAUUAUUUUGUGCAAAAUUUAUGCAGAGGACCCAUGACGUUUUAUAACUUUCUAAUUAAAAUGUUCAGACAGGAAA